AUGAGAAACAAGCAGAACGCUUCACGAACUGGUGUUGGGGGUUAUCGCAGACUGAAGUUUGAAGGCGAUCAUAUAAGUGUGUCGGGUGAUAAUGACAUGCACAUUGUCCCUUGUAUUGUUGAUCAGUGGAUGUUGCUUGACUCUCUGUUGGUCGAUCAUUUCGCCCUGCUGCUCAGUAACACUCGUAUCCUGACCGCUUGUAUGGUUUGCACGUUGAAGAUGGCUCCUUCAUUGGUGGUUUGGGUGAGCGGCUAA